AUGCUACUUCUUACAGUAAUUUCCGCUGAUGAUGAGGAAAAGCCGAGCGCGCUGAGUCAAUUCGGCGGAACCCCGGAGGAAUGGCAAGGGUUGAUCGACGAGAUGGAGGAGCUGAGGCGUGAAGGAUCUGCACGGUGCAACGAGGCACCACAAAAUAAGAAAAAGGCCUGCUUCCUGAUACUCAACUACAUCGGGCAGUUUAUCGGCAAAACGCGGCAACUGCAGGAAGUGAAAACGAAGUGCUUUCUGAUCGCGGGUAUCAUCGGAGGACUAGUGGAAAAGACGAGGAGAAUCAAGGAAGCCGUGGAGCGAGUUGAGGCUCUGAAGCUACAG